CCUGGUAAGUAGGCCAAAGUCACUAUGCGCAUGCGCAUUAACUUCAACAAUGUGGCUGCGCGCUAGUAACCCUUUGCGGAGGUUGAAUCGGCGACAGUGGAGUCUACUUUCCAAAGUGGUGAGUGUCCACCAGCUUCACAGCAGCACCAGUGAUUUUUCACAAGGUUCCUAUGAUGGCUUAUACCCAGGACACAUUCCUACCACCCCCCUGCAGAAAGCUGUGCUUGCUGUUGGUUCAGGUGUGGCUGCACUGCAGAACCCCUACAGACAUGACAUGGUGGCAGUGCUGGGGGAGACCACGGGACACCUAGCAUUGAUAAACCUCAGGGACAGGAUGAGAAAUGACCCUGAAGGCUAUGAGAUCCUAAUAGAAAGGCCAAGGAUCCGGCUGUCUACACUUGAUCUAAGCAGGAUGGCCUCGUUGCAUGACGGCUCUUUUGGGAGGGAAUACCUCCGUUUUCUGGAGGUCAAUCAUGUCACCCCUGACUCUAGGGCUGAUGUGAAGUUUGUGGACAAUGAGGAGCUGGCCUAUGUCAUGCAGAGAUACAGGGAGGUUCACGACUUUAUGCACACAUUACUGGGCAUGCCCACCAACAUGCUAGGUGAAGUGGCAGUGAAGUGGUUUGAAGCUGCUCAGACUGGACUUCCCAUGUGUUCUCUUGGAGCUGUAUUAGGGCCACUUCGACUCAAUAUAAGACAAUUGCAGACCUUGUUCACAUCCUUGGGCCCGUGGGCGCUACAGAAUGGUAGGAAGGCCCGAUGUGUUCUAAGCAUCUUCUAUGAGAAACGAUGGGAGCAGAGCCUCGAAGACCUCCGUCAAGAGCUCAACAUCGACCCGCCUCCCAUCAUCCCUGGGCCUUCCAAUAAGAGGGCCACCUGAGAAAGACCGCAAACACGAGCCAGAGGGUUAAAGAUGACUGGACAAACGACUGAGGAGUGGACUGACCAAAAAGAUUUUAAGUGCAAUAAGGUGGAACUUGUUUUCCAAAAUAAGGAUGUUGUUCAUGGGAAGUUUGACACUUGAUAAACUUAGGGUUGUCCCUUUCUGUUUUCAUUUAAUGAUGAUCUCCAAAUUUUCAGCUGAUGAAAUAUUAAAGUUUUCGUUCAAGAUCAGCUCUGAUUCAUCAGGUCAUUAAUCUACAGCAUGCAGGAAUGUGACUGCAUUUUCUGUCAAGUCCAAUGAUGUGUUGAAAACUAAAUGUGAUCAGGAAUUUGAGACUAGACUGUCGGCUGUCAUCUGUAAUCACAUUACUAUUAAUGCCAAUCUCUUUUUUCCAACUGAGACACAACACAGUUGUCAAAUUGAUGUGUCAUAAUUCUGAUGAAAUGACCUUUUGUACCCACGUAGGCAUACUGAUACUAAUCAGAAGGAAACAGCCAGAUGUUAGGUUCAGAAAUAAACUGUAUGACUACAUCGGUUAUCAAAACUUUCAGUGACUGAUGCUUCUCAUUUUUUUCCAGUAAUAAGAAUGUUACAGUUAAAAAAUAACCAGAAUUUCUAGUUAGAAGAAAUAUUAUUUCCUAGUUUCAUCAAUCUUGAGGUCAGCCAAUAUCAGUGUUAGCAUAUGAGAUGCAUUUUCACUGAUGGUAGUGACAUGUUCUGUCACGUUAUAUUGGGUUUUUUUUUAAUAUACAAUUGUAUGUUUGAAUCUGUUCUUUCAAAGAUGAUGUGAUGAAAAGCUGAAAGACUUGAAAAUAGUAACUAUUUUUAUAUUUAUACUGUAAAUUUGUUCAUCAAGGGGGAAUAAA